CUGUGCAAAAAAAAAAAAAAAAAAAAAAGCCGCCAUGAAAGUACCUGCAAAUGAUAAUCCCAUUGACUUCAAUUCUCAUCUCCUUCAAUCUCUUCUUGAUUCCAUACCCAACACUCAAAGCUUCAAAGGCAAAUGGUCUUUAAUUAAAACCAAACUCAACACACUCCAAUCUCACCUUUCUGAUUUAGCCUCCAUCAACCCUCUCUACAGCGAUCUCCUUAACGCGCUUGCCAUCACUCUCUCCGACGCGCUUUCACUCUCUUCCAUUUGCCAUAGCGUAAACCCUCCAAAACUCAAGACCCAAAACAAUAUCGAUUCAGUUUCCGCAAGACUUGAUAAUCAUGUUAGAGAUUUAGAAGUUCUUGUUAAAAGUGGAGUGCUAAACGAAAACGGUACCGUUUCAAGCAUUACUUCAAAAAGGGAGAAUAUACGCACUGAAUCAAGGAAUCUAAUAACUCGUCUUCAGAUCGGGACAACUGAGUCAAAAAACACAGUGUUAGAUUCAUUACUUGGGUUAUUACAAGAAGACGACAAAAAUGUGUUAAUUGCAGUAACACAAGGUAUUGUUCCAGUGCUCGUGCGUUUACUGGAUUCCAGCUCAUCACAAGAAAUCAAGGAGAAAACAGUUACAGCUAUUGCUAAAAUCUCAACCGUUGAUUCUAGUAAACAUGUUUUGAUCGCUGAAGGUUUGGGUAUACUGAAUAAUCUUUUAAGGGUUCUUGAAUCUGGAAGUGUUUUAGGUAAAGAAAAUUCAUGUAUUGCUUUACAAGCAUUGGGACAUACAAAGGAAAAUGCAAGGGCAAUUGGGUCAAGAGGUGGAAUUUCAUCUUUGUUAGAAAUUUGUCAAAAUGGGACACCUAAUUCACAAGCUAUGGCUGCUUCAGUGUUAAAGAAUCUAGCUGUUUUUCCAGAAAUUAAAGAGAAUUUUCUCGAGGAAAACGCGGUUAUGGUUCUUUUAAGGUUGUCGAAUUCAGGGACAGCGUUAGCCCAAGAAAAUGCGAUUUCUUGCUUGUGUAAUUUGAUUUCUAGAGAUAAUAAUAUGAAACUAUUGGUUGCAAGGGAAGGUGGAAUUGAAAGUAUUAAAAAUUUCUGGGAUUCUGCUCCUUCAGUGCAAAGUUUGGAGGCACCUGUUCUUAUGAUAAGAACAUUAGCUACUUGUCCAUCUGUAGCUGAGGUUAUUGUGGAGAAGGAAUUUUUACCGAGGAUUGUUGGGGUUCUGAGUUGUGGGGUUUUGGGUGUAAGGAUUGCUGCAGCGAAAGCGAUUUAUGAUUUGGGAUACAACACGAAAACCCGAAAAGAAUUGGGCGAAAUCGGGUGUAUUCCGUUACUGGUGAGGUUGACUGAAGGUAAGGCUGUUGAAGAGAAAGAAGCAGCUGCAAAAGCAUUAUCGAAUUUGAUGAGUUAUGCGGGGAAUCGAAAGAUUUUCAGGAAGGAAGAAAGGAGUAUUGUGAAUGCAGUUCAGCUUUUAGAUCCUGUGGUAACAAAUUUGGAUAAAAGGUAUCCUGUUUCGUUAUUGGCUUCGCUUGUGUACUCGAAGAAUUGCCGGAAACAAAUGGUGGCUUCGGGUGCUUGUGUGCAUUUGCAAAAGCUAGCUGAAAUGGAGAUUGAUGGAUCUAAAAAGCUCUUGGAUUGUCUUGGUCGAGGCAAAAUCUGGGGAGUUUUUACCAGACAUUGAGCAACAAUGCAAUCAAUCUGUAUGUAUAAUAAAGUCAAGUUCUUUUUUCUUUUCCUCUAAAUUAAAUUUUACGAUUUGUAAUUUCAAAGUUCUUGAUCAUGUUCAUAGAUAGUGGUUAUUAGUUAGUGGUAGAGAAAAAAGUAAAUGUUGGUUAGUAGGCUAGAUUGCUACUAGAAAGAUAAUAUCUUUGGGUUGUUGACCUAACUUGAUAGGUGUUUUUUUUUUUUCUACAAAAAACUCAAUAAAUUAAGUGAAGACGCCUUCUCUUUGA